ACGUCAUGGCGCAGUCUUUUCAGUCUCCCUGGGUGGCGGCAGACUGUCUGUCAACACGUAGAACACGACUUAGAAUAAAACACUAGAAACACGCGACGUUAGCCCAAACAUGAGUCCGCGUUGCCGUUAAAGGAUCCAAUGGGAAGACAGAAUCUGGCUAGGCACACACUGAAAGGCAGUGUUGAGAGUCACAUGAGGAUUUGUACAAUGCAGUGAACCAAAUGGGGCAUUGCAGUACCCAAAUCAUCUUCCUCAUCCUGCUUCAGAUCUUAUGGACAUCAUCUAAAGAUGUCUCCAUUGGCUGCAUGUGUGUUGGCAGUGACUGUAAUGAGCAGCAGUGUACAGGAGACCAGUGUUACACCUCUGUUAUCAUUAGCAAUGAUGUUACGACAUUCAAACGUGGCUGCCUGAUUGGACCGGAAAGCAAGCGCAUGACUUGUUCUGCAACGCCCUCUGCUAGUCACGUCGUAGAAUGUUGCUCGCAACACAUGUGCAAUGCCAACGUCUCAAAAGAGACCCUUCUUCGACUGCUACUGACAAGUCCAGAGGGAGAGAAGGCUGUCCAGUACCGUGUGGAGAUGUUGGUUUUCUUUGUUCUGGGGCCCUUCGUGGUGCUGGGUCUUCUGUCUGUGCUGGCCGUGCUGGUGUGCCGUAGACUCCAUCAUGGGCAUCUGGAAAGACUACAUGAAUUUGACACGGAACAGGGGGCCAUUGACGGGCUCAUUGCAUCAAAUGUCGGGGACAGCACGCUUGCGGAUCUGAUGGAUCACUCUUGCACUUCUGGCAGUGGUUCAGGUCUUCCCUUCCUGGUGCAGAGGACAGUUGCCCGGCAGAUCAGCCUGGUAGAGUGUGUUGGUAAGGGGCGUUAUGGGGAAGUGUGGAGAGGACAGUGGCAAGGGGAGAAUGUAGCUGUGAAGAUAUUCUCUUCCAGAGAUGAGAAGUCAUGGUUUAGAGAGACGGAAAUAUACAACACCGUUCUACUAAGACAUGAUAAUAUAUUAGGGUUCAUGGCAUCUGACAUGACUUCCCGAAACUCUAGCACUCAGCUGUGGCUCAUCACACACUACCAUGAGAACGGCUCUCUCUAUGACUACCUGCAGCGUGUUGCCGUGGAGAUGGCAGAUGGCCUGCACAUGGCAGCGUCGGUUGCUAGUGGACUGGUGCACCUUCACACAGAGAUCUUUGGCACUGAAGGAAAACCAGCCAUUGCUCACAGAGACCUGAAAAGCAAGAACAUAUUAGUGAAGAAAGAUCUGCAGUGCUGCAUCGCUGACCUGGGUCUGGCAGUAACUCACACUCAGUCAGAUAAUCAGCUUGAUGUGGGAAAUAAUCCAAAAGUGGGAACCAAGCGCUACAUGGCUCCAGAGGUGCUGGAUGAGACCAUUCAGACAGACUGCUUUGAUGCCUAUAAAAGGGUGGAUAUUUGGGCCUUUGGGUUGGUGCUGUGGGAGAUUGCUCGCCGAACCAUCAGUAACGGAAUUGUAGAGGAGUAUAAGCCACCAUUCUAUGACCUUGUGCCUAAUGACCCCAGUUUUGACGACAUGAGAAAGGUGGUUUGUGUGGAGCAGCAAAGGCCGUUCAUUCCCAACCGCUGGUUUUCAGAUCCUACCCUGUCUGCUCUGGUGAAGCUGAUGAAAGAGUGCUGGUACCAGAACCCCUCAGCCCGUCUCACUGCCCUGCGCAUCAAAAAGACUCUGGAUAAAAUCCACAGCUCUCUAGAGAAGGGCAAAACCGACUGCUGAGGAUAGAAGAGUAGAACUACUGACCGAUGCCCACUCAUUAAACAAACUCACUGUGUGUCGCGAGACCUUUGGAUUCACUGGCAUCUGUCCAAACAUCAUCAUGUUGAUUAAUCGCUUUUUGUUCUUCCUGUCCAUUGGCAUAAAAACAUCUUUAUGGAAAAUUGUCUGAAAAGGGACAAUGUGUCUUUUAUGGGUUGUUCUUUGUUUCCCCGCUGACCCCUGUUUGACCACAUUUUCCCUCCAGAAGCUUGCAUAAAGGAGAACACUUCAAAACUAUGAAGAUAUUUUAUCUUUAUGGAAUUUUGUUUUACGUGGUUUGACUAACAGGCCUUUGAUUGAACCUUUCAUGUAAGUGCUUUCUUAACACAAUCACAUUGUCUGUUUAGCCAUUUGAGAACCUCUAAGGUAUUUACUUUUUAAAACAAAGAUACACACUAAAAUGCAAUCAUUACUCAUAGUCUUUGCAUGUUUCUUAAUAAUUCUGGAAAAACUUCAUAUAUGAAGUGAUAUCACUUUUUGAGUGCUUUUAGAAAUCUGAGCUUCUCAAAGGUCAUUGUCCUGUCUUGUAUACAAGUUGAAAUCUGUGACUCUGAUCAUGUAACAUUUAAGAGGUGCUGAAUUUGCUUUAGUGGUCGUGGAAUUUCAGCUGUACUUGUGUUAUAAAAUUCUGUUACAAAACGCCACUGUAAAGUAGAGAACUAAAGACUAAUAUCUUGAAUUAGGCUCAUUUGAUAAGAGAUGGUUAAAGGGAAAAACAAUUGUCACAUUUUACUCACCCUCUUUUACCAAACUGAGACAAUUAUCUUCUGUGGAACACAAAAGAUGCUUUGAAGAACGUGUACAGCUUUUUUUUUCCCCAAACACAUAGUGACCAGGGGCUGUCAAGUUCCAAAAUGCACCAUAAACGUGGUUUGUAUGAUUUGUUUUUCUAUUGUUUGUAGUUGAGUUGACUACAGCCUUUUAAUGCUGUGAAAUGCUCUCAUCUACCCUUCUGUCCACAAAAACCUGGGUUCAUGGGAUUAUUUUAAAUUUGACUGGUAAAUUGUAGUGGCCAAACAUAUGUGAAAUCCCACAAAUGUGCAAUUAAAGUAAAUCUGGAGUGUUUUCAAUAUAAGCACACCGAACCAAACUCUGAGCACUCAGGACACCAGACAUAGAAUUUGUUUGUAUUGAGUGCAAUACCGUUAAAACACAUGUGCAAUACAUUACACCGACCCUUGUUACAUGUAUUCAAGAAUGCACUACAAAGACAAAACACAACUGUGCUUUCAGACAAUUUAAUUAAUUAAAUUGUCAUCAUGAUUUCAAUUUUAUUUCGAUUAAUCAGUCAGUCCUAGAACAAACUGAAAUGUAUUUUGCACUAAAAAAAUCUUUCCCUACAACGUAGUUCUCAAAUCUCAUUAGCACUUCUGCAGAUUUCUAAACUUGGCACGUCUCGUUACAUAGUGUUAUUAUAUUUCGUUUUACGAAAUGAUAUGUGCAUCAUGAAUGAGAUUAAAGAGCUUCAGCAGAGGGGAAUAUUUUCAGUGAUUAAUGGCUUAGAUUUUGGUCUGUUUCUCGCACAAAGCGAUACAAUGUUUUCAGAAGACUCUGAAAGCAACGUACAAAUAAUUUUAUGCCUUUUUUUCGUCCUUGAGCUCACUAGUCAUGUAUUAUUUCAUUGUAUGGGAAAGAAACGAGUUGAAAAUUACAUAAAAUCUCAUCUGUUAUCCACAGAAGAAAAAAUGUCAUAAGUUGAUAUGAGAGUGAGUGAAUGAUGACAUGAUGAGUCUGGUCAUGUUCAAGCACCCAGUGAGUGCUUUCUCUAACACAAGACCUUUCUAACCUGAUAUGGAGACUGGACACCAUUAAUUUUAUGCCUCUAUGCCUGCCUGACAAGAGCCAUCAUAGCACUUGUGCUUUUUUUGUAGCAAUGUCUCUUCUUCGGCUUGCUCUCUUUUCUCUCCAGUCUAUUUCGUGCUCUGUCUUUUUUGCUCUCACUGGCAUGUAUACUUGAAAUGUUUCUUCCCUGACAAUCAACAGCUGUCCAGUACAGCCUGAAUUGAUUUCCAAUGUUACGCUGAAUCCUUAAUUUUGAGUUUUCAAGGUGACGUGUCAACACAAUUAACAAAGCUAGUCGUCUUAAGCAGACUCCGAUUUUGUGAACUUGCAUAGCCUAUUUGUUUGACCUCAUGCUUUUUUUAACGCUUUUGUAUCCCAUUUUCGACGUAUGCCAUAAACUGAGGGAAUGCAAAUUAUUUUUUCUAACAACUUUGACAAUUAUUUAAAAUUGCAAAGUCACACUUGUGUAAGAUUUAUGAGGUUCACAAAGGAAACACAAUCUUGAUUUACAUGUCCGAAGUCCAACCUAUUUGUCUGUGUACAUAACUUUUGUGUUGAGUGGAAUUGUACAAUAAGUUUUAAAUGGGAAAUGUUUUGAAGAAGCUUUUACAAAGCUUAGGAAAUAGUUUUUAAGUAGAUUAAACGCUACUUGAGAUGGCUGCCUUCUGCUUAGCGCUGGUAACUUUUGCGCUCCCCAAAAAGACAGAAACGUUUACAUAUUGGUGUUUUACCAAGGAAUUUGUGUAGGAAUUCAACUACAGGAAUUUGCAUUGUGAACUGUGAAUAUAUGCUGUAAUGAAGAACCCAUAUUUAUGACACAAAAUGAACAUAAAAUGUAAGACUUAAUAAUGCAUUUCAGAUCUCAGCAUCUCUUUGCUUUAGAAGUGUUACGAGACCGAUAUUAUUUUAUUGCAUUGUUCGUCACAUCUUAACUACCUACUAGCCCUUGUGUUUUACAAAAGGUUAUCAAUGCAGAAAGAAAGCUUUCUUUUGAACCAGACAUUACAAGAACCGUAUUGCAGAUUAUCAUGCAUCUGUAUUUAGAUUUUUCCUGUAUAGGGAGGUGAGCUAAAUGAGGCCUUAUGAAAGGUUCCCAAUUGGUUGACUCUGUUGGGAAAUGGCCUCCUUAUCUGCUGUGAUAUUUACAGGACAUCUUCAGCCUCUCUAUGAUAAACCAGUGCUUUGUAGCUGGACCUGCUACUGGCUGAAGGAGACUGACACUGAAUCAGUCUUGUACCCCUUAGUAACUGUCUUACAAACAAGAAAAAAUACAGGUGCUGAAAUAAACUUAGAAGUCUCAUAGCUUGCUUUCUUAGAUAUGCACUUGAACUGGAAAGGAUCUAAAAGGAAUGUGAGGUUUUACAUUUAGCCGGAUUGAAAAAUCCUUUAUGAAUCUUAAUGAAUUUAUUUGGUGCUGUACACAAAAACACUCAUGCUUAGAUUUUUAUGCCAGUAAAGAGGCAUCCACCACACUGUUAACCAAAAUAAUCUUUAUUGUCUACAUUCAUUUAACAGCUUAUUGUUGGACAAAAUCUGAUGUAUUUACAUGAUAUAAAAAAAUGAAAUCUCACGCUGGGCUUUUAUUGGAACUAUACAGUGCUUUCAUUUCUCCAAAUAUUUAUCUUUUUCCUAUAUUCUCAUUUAAUGUGGACAUGGCUCAAUCAUCACCAACUAUUGUCAGAUUCUUCAACAAUCACAGCUAAAAAAAACAAUUGAGCUUGAUCCUUUACUUUCCAUGCUAUCUAUUCAUAUGCUAUGGGUACAAAUACUUCAUGGCAUGCUUUGUUAAAU